AUGGCAGGUGAGCAACAGGCGGAAACUAAUGCAACCGCCCAACACUUUCGAACGGAAAAUGAACGUUUGCAAAAAGAGAUGGCAGAAUUGCAACAUACAAUCUCUGGGUUGAAAACGGAAGUUUCUCGUUUGGAGAGCCUGGAGGAUAAUAAUCGAUCACUCCAAGAGCAGCUUGGUCGUCAUGCUGAUAGACUCUCCGAGGCACAUGCUUUGGCACGCCGGUAUGAAGAGCGUAUUCAGGUUCUCAAAAAUGAGCUCAACGAGAAGACAAUUGAACUCAAUGGAAAAUUGGAUAAGUCCGUUACGAAAAACCUCCUGAUCAGCUGCAUGAAGUUACCGCCAUCGAAACGACCCGAUGCUUUUAGGUCCCUUGGAAGCGUUCUCAACUUCACCGCAGAGGAUUAUAAUUUGCUUGGUUUUGAUGAGCCGGUUGCAACAAACUGGAAGGACCUUUUUUGGCGACCAGGAACUCCAAAUAACCGGGAGAAUCCUAAAUCAGAGCAUUCGUUUGUGGAAAUGUUGGCAAGCUUCCUUGAGAAGGAAUCAGCCCCUCCUACACAGAUUCGGCUUCCCACUGAUUACUUGAGAGCGAAUAGCACAAGUGGUGGCAUCAUGAAACCAGGUACUACUGAAGUCGUUCCUGAUGCCCAACGAGAACGAAUGCACUCCAUAUCAUCUGUUCAGCAUCGGCAAAAUGAACAAUCUGCUGUAGUGCCUGCAUCUCUGCCCCAGCGAAAACCAAGUCCUUUCAAAAAUCCCCUUCUCUCGGGGUUGUCUUCUAUCAAACCAUCGUCUGACGUGCUUUAG